CCACUUACCAAAACCCGUCAAAACAAAAAUGUUUCGGGCAAAGCGUAUCAGAUUAGCCUCCCCAUCGUCAUCCUCUCUACCAGAUUCUUCUGGUUCUGACCUUUGGCCUCCCAUGUCCGAUAACCCGUCAAAUCCGGGUCACUGUCGAACCGAAUUCGGGUGUCGGAUCACGUCGUCUCCGAACUGAUCAAGCAAAGCGAAAGUGAAAUGGUUUUUGAUUGAUUCGUGAGAUUGAAGAAAUGGUUUGUGAUUUUACAGAUUAACAUAUCCCCACCAAACAUUCCCACUCUUCAAAGCUACUCUCCCCAUCCGGUUACAGUUCUUCUUUCUAAUUCAACUCUCCAGAUUCCGAUUUCGUCGCUCUUCAUUCUCUCUCUUUGACUUGAGAGAGUGGUGAAAAUGAUGAAGCUGACGGGGUUGCAGCAGCAGGGCCGCCGGAGCAACAGCUUCCGAGGAUCGUCUUUGGAUUUGUCGUCUGACGGCUCAAUGAAGUCGCCGGCGUCCCUUUUCUGGCUCCUCCUCCACGCUAUCUGCUGCCUCGUCAGUCUGCUUCUCGGAUUCAGAUUCUCCCGCCUGGCGCUCUUCCUUGUCUUCUCCAACUCCUCUCCCACCACGCCGACUUACAGCCUCUACGCAGCGCAGUUCAAUGCCGCCGACCUCACAACCGUGGAGGCUCGCGGAUCUCCGGCGUCUUCCAAUAGCAGGGUGGUGGUCGGCCGUCACGGGAUACUGAUACGGCCGUGGCCUCAUCCAAACGCCACAGAGGUGAUGAAGGCUCAUAGGAUAAUCGAGAUUGUUCAGAAGGAGCAGAGGAUUCAGUAUGGAGUCAAAAAUCCUAAGACUCUAAUUGCAAUCACUCCUACCUAUGUCCGCACCUUCCAGACUCUGCACCUCACCGGAGUUAUGCAUUCCCUAAUGAACGUGCCCUAUGAAGUCAUCUGGAUGGUGGUUGAAGCUGGCGGAACCACCAACGAGACCGCCUCUUUGAUUUUCAAAUCAGGACUCAGAACCAUCCACUUAGGAAUUCGUAACCGAAUGCCUAUCAUGUGGGAAGGUCGCCACGAUCUGGAGACCAAAAUGCGACUUAGGGCUUUAAGAUAUGUUAGAGAUGAGAAACUGGAUGGAUUGAUUAUGUUCAUGGAUGAUAGCAACAUGCACAGUUUGGAGGUUUUUGAUGAAAUUCAAAAGGUUAAAUGGAUUGGUGCGCUUUCUGUUGGGAUUCUGGCUCAUUCAGGUGGGGCUGAUGAAACAUCAUCAUCAUCAUCUUCUUCUUCAGUAGUUCAAGGGCCAGCUUGCAAUUCAUCAGACCAUCUCAUAGGUUGGCAUACCUUCGAUUCAAACAGUGCACGAUAUAUUGGUGAUAAGGCAGUCGUGCUGCCCAGACCGUUUGAAUGGGCUGGGUUUGUGUUGAAUGCUAGACUGCUGUGGGGAGAAGAUAAGCCAGAUUGGUUUAAGGAUUUGGACACUGUGAAGAAUGGUGAUGAUGAAGAUGGCAUUGAGAGUCCGUUAUCACUGCUGAAGGAUUCUUCCAUGGUGGAGCCGCUUGGGAGCUGCGGGCGCAAAGUUAUGGUGUGGUGGCUUCGUGUUGAAGGAAGGGCUGAUAGCAAGUUCCCUCCCAGAUGGAUAAUUGACCCUCCAUUGGAGAUCACCGUGCCAGCAAAGCGGACCCCAUGGCCAGACGCUCCACCAGAACACCCAUCUGUUGUUGAAAAGUCAGGCAGCAUCCGAGAGAAAAGGACAACAAAACCUAGAAGCAGCAGGAGACGCAGUUCUAGGAAAAGGAGGCAUGCGGCUUUAACAAGGAAUAAUAAUGGAGAUGACGAUGAAACCAUGACCAAACACAUUCUGGGGAGUAAUGAUAAGUAGCUGCAAGUAAUUAAAGAAGCACACAGAAAACUGGAGAGUUGUGGAGAUAACCAACAAUUCUUCUUCUUCAUCAUCUUCUUCUUCUUCUGUUUAUAUUCAUUCCUCUGCAGUGUGAGGAGUAGAGCUAGCCGCAUGCUUUCAAGUCCUCAACAUAUCAUUAUUUACCAUUCAUCACCAUCCCCGUUUGGUACGUAUAUAUGAGAGAUGGCAUCUCGAUCUCAUCAUAGCAGUGUUGAUACAUA